CGUACGAUUCUUAAAAAGGAGGAGAAAAAUCUAUCUUAACUACUUUAAUUUGCUUUUUCUUUCUUUUACGUACGAUUCUAAACCAUGGAACAACAACUUGACCCCUCUACGAAUUUGGCCCUUCAAAAAUCUCAAUUAUUCUAUAAAGACUAUUCAACAGGUUUCAGGUUCCAUCCCCACGAUGAAGAAUUAAUUAGUGUCUAUCUCGAACCGAAGAUCAAAUGUCAAAUCUUGCCCAAAAACCUCAUGCAUGAAGUUAAUAUCUACAAGCACCAUCCUAACUUUCUUGCUGAACAUUUCCUACCACAAGGAGAGCGAGAUUGGUAUUUCUUUACACCAAGGGACAAAAAAUACAAGAAUGGAUCUCGUCCUGACCGGAAGGCCGGGGACGGGUACUGGAAAGCCACCGGAGCUGAUAAAGAAAUACGUGAUAAGUCAAAUAAAAUAAUUGGAUACCGAAAGUCUUUGGUGUACUACGAAGGAAAACCUAAAAUGGGUGACAAGACGGAUUGGAUUAUGCAUGAAUUUCGUGUCGAGGGUCCUCCCAACGUACACAGAAAUUUUCCUAAUGAGGAUAUUGGUAUGAGGCUGGAUGACUGGGUGUUAUGCAGAAUCUACAAAAAGCAAAAAAAUAAGUCGGAAAAGAAAAAGGCGUCGCGACCUAAAAAAGCAAGCGACGGGAAAAAGAAAAAGGGAGAAGAAAGCUUAUCUGUAGCGCCAGUGAUAAUGAAGAAAAAUAAGAAAAACCCUCGUUCAUCUGCGUCUGGAAACAGUAAUAAUGUUGAUGUUGCUGUCAAUAUUAAUGUCCAAAACAACGCCAUUAGCAACAAUGUCACCUUCAAUGAAGUCAACAACAACCUUAUUCCUGCUAACUUUUCCUAUAAUGACGACGACGACAACAACAACAAUGAGUAUGGUAUUACUGGUACUAGUUCAGUCUGGAAUAACUAUGGCAGUAAUGGAGAUUUGUAUCCGUAUUCGUAUUCGUAUUCGUCGGUGAUGGAGGAAGCCAAUUAUGGAUUCCAGUACUCAAUGGAAUUACCUGCACUAGAAUGAGAAUGGAAAUGGGAAUGGAAACGGAAACGGAAACGGAAACGGAAGAAGCUCGAUCCAUGUUCUGAUUUUAUUGACAAUAUCUCAUGGGAGUAGAUAAAUAAGUGGCAUGUUUCAAGUUUAAAGUUACGAUACUAUAUUCAUUAAUACGUUCAAUUGUUAAUACAAUACUCGGAUACUAGCUCCAACAGGGUCCCUAGCUCACUACCUUGUUUAAGAAUAUAAGGAAUUAAGGAUAGUUUCAUAGUUUAGUAUUUUCAUAUACUUCGUAUGUACUUCUUCCGUUCUUUUUUAAAUGACACAAUUAUGUAGGCACAUUUGCCAAUGCACGAUUUCAAACAUUAA